AUGUGGGCUGGUGUUGAACCACAACCACAACAAUACAAUGAAACCUAUUUGAAUAUAAUGAAAAAUAUUGUCGAAUCGCUCGAAUCAAAUAAUAUCUACGUUCUAUUCGAUAUGCAUCAGGAUGUAUUGAGUAGUCGAGUUGGACCUUAUGAUGGCAUUCCAGCAUGGUUAUACGAUCAAUUUCCUCCAUCAAAUCAUCCAUAUCCUUGGCCACUUUCGUCGUCUCCGUCCGGCGACAGUUGGUCUUUGGGCUAUCUGACAGAAGCAUGUUCGCAUGGAUUUCAGUGUUUGUAUGAUAAUGUGGCUGGUGCUGUUGAUUCGAUGAGUAAGUUUUGGCGUUUGAUAGCGACGACCUUUGGUCAGUAUACGAAUGUACUUGGAUACGAGUUAAUUAAUGAGCCCUGGGCUGGAAAUUAUUUCGCUGAUGCAGCAUUACUCUUGCCUGGUAUUGCUGGUACAAAAAAUUUACAACCAUUCUAUGACAAACUCGCUAAUGCUAUUCGAUCAGUCGAUAAUAAGACACUCAUCUUCUACGAGCCCGUCACUUAUGGAGUUCGACUCAAUGGUAAACUUCUUGGCACCGGAUUUUCUCAUGUUCCAGGCGGCAAGGCUUAUCGAGAUCGAAGUGUUCUCUCUUAUCAUUACUAUUGUACUAUCUUAGCAAUUAAUCCUGUGCCAGGCAGUGAUACUAUACCAGUUUUUGACCGAGUGCUUUGCAAUGGCAUUGAAGGACCAGCUGUUUUUCAAUCUGUGAAAAAUGAACUUUCUCGAUUGGGCGGUGCCGGAUUUCUGACGGAAUUCGGUGGAUGUGAUGGUUCAUCAACAUGUGACAAUCAACUUGAAGCAGGUAUGCUUGAAGCCGAUAAAUAUCUUCAAUCAUGGACUUACUGGGGUAAUAGUUACAGUAGCAUGGCUUUGAUUGAACGUCUGUCACGUGUUUAUGCUCGUGCUAUUGCUGGUAAACCUAUUUCGAUGACAUAUCAUGCCGAUAAACGAAUAUUCCAUUUGUAUUAUUAUGCUGAUAAAACGAUCAGUAAGCCCACGGAAAUCUACGUUCCAUAUUUGCAUUAUCCACAAGCAAGUUACAAGAGACUUCGUCAUGAUAUAAAUGAGCGUUCAGGUUAUUAUUCAGAUAUUCUACUAAUGGAAUCAAUGAGAAAUUUUGAAGAAAAUUCAUCAAUCGAUGAAAUAAAUCUUGUUAAUUAUAUUCUUGAUGGAUUACCGCCUAAAACAUCUGAAUAA